GCCGCAGCACUUCCGGGUCGGCGCGGAGGCGGGGCGGAGGCGCCGCGGUGGCUGUUAUUGUUCGACUGGGGUCGGCCGGGCGCUGUCUCUCUGGGCUCCGUCGGUGUCGGUUUGUCCCGCUUCCUCUCGGGCCCUCACUCCCGGCGGCAGACGGCGGCGGCGGCGGCUGCGGCGGCGGCGGGCGGGGCCUGGCGUUUCGAGGCCGCGCGGCGCCGGGGUGAGGGACGCGGAGGAGGAGGAGCAGUAGCAGGAGGAGGAGCCGUGUGCCCUGGCACCGAGCGGCCGCGGCCAUGGCGUACGCCUAUCUCUUCAAGUACAUCAUCAUCGGCGACACAGGUGUUGGUAAAUCAUGCUUAUUGCUACAGUUUACAGACAAGAGGUUUCAGCCAGUGCAUGACCUUACUAUUGAUGAACUUUAGUCUGUUUGCCAAACUGCAAAACUUUUAGUGAGACACUUAAAAUUUGGUGUAGAGUUUGGUGCUCGAAUGAUAACUAUUGAUGGAAAACAGAUAAAACUUCAGAUAUGGGAUACGGCAGGGCAAGAGUCCUUUCGUUCCAUCACAAGGUCAUAUUACAGAGGUGCAGCAGGGGCUUUACUAGUGUAUGAUAUUACAAGGAGAGACACAUUCAACCACUUGACAACCUGGUUAGAAGAUGCCCGCCAGCAUUCCAAUUCCAACAUGGUCAUUAUGCUUAUUGGAAAUAAAAGUGAUUUAGAAUCUAGAAGAGAAGUAAAAAAAGAAGAAGGUGAAGCUUUUGCAAGAGAACAUGGACUUAUCUUCAUGGAGACUUCUGCUAAGACUGCUUCUAAUGUAGAAGAGGCAUUUAUUAAUACAGCAAAAGAAAUUUAUGAAAAAAUCCAAGAAGGCGUCUUUGACAUUAAUAACGAGGCAAAUGGCAUUAAAAUUGGUCCUCAGCAUGCUGCUACUAAUGCCACACACGCAGGCAGUCAGGGAGGACAGCAGGCCGGGGGAGGCUGCUGUUGAGUCUGUUUUUACUGUCUCGCUGCCCAGAAGGGGCGACUCACCUAUUCUUUCACCCUCUCCUCCUGCUCAGCUGAGACAUGAAACUAUUCGAAAUGGCUUUAUGUCACAGAAGACUUUAAUCCUUCAAAUUCUUGUAUAACUUUGAAUAAAUGGUUAAUGUUCACUUAAAAAGACAGAUUUUGGAGAUUGUAUUCAUAUCUAUUUGCAUUUGAUUUCUAGGUCAAUUGAUGUGAUUAUUUUUGUUAAAUGUUGUCUUGUGCCCUUACCUACAAACUGAAUUGUAUUAAACACUACAAAGUCAUCUUGAGUAUUUUAAAUCAGUUUGUGUAGUUAGGUUUCCCCACACCUGUGGUUACCUAAUGUUUAAUAUUAUAGAACUGUCCUCAAAAGUUUGUCAAUUUUCAAGGCUAUAAGGAAAACAGAAGGACUCUUUUAAUUCUGUAUUUAUCAUUUACUUUCUGUAUAUAUAGUUUAAUAACCUGCUUGGGUGUAAUUUGCCAAGCUUGAAUUCUUUAAUGCAUUUGCAUAAAUUCUAUACUGUUUAGAGCUUAAAGCUACAGAAGCAUCAUUAGGAAUUGCUUGGACACUGAAUUUUAAACUUUUUGACAUUGUUAACAAGCAUGUUCAUCUUUUCUCGUCACUAGUCCAAGAGAAAUAUGCUUAAUGUACAUUACUAAAGGCUAUGUACGUGUUAACCUGUUUUCAUGCCAAAAGUUUGCUGUUUGUCCACAGUUUCUUUAAGACCUCUUCAGAAAAGGAUUUGUUUGCCUUAAUGCAUACUGCUGGAUAAAAACACAGUAUAAUGCGUGAGGUGGGCGGAAGCAAGAACUCCCGCCACCUGAGCGACUCCAGGAGGAGUGAAUGUCCGUGUAGGUGGCAUAUUAUGAGGACUUUAAUCUUUCCUGAAACACAAUAAUGUUUUCUUUUUUCUUUUAUUCACAUGAUUUCUAAGUAUAUUUUUCAUGCAGGACAGUUUUUCAACCUUGAUGUACAGUGACUGUGUAAAAUUUUUCUUUCGGUGGCAACCUAUAAUCUUUAAAAUAUGGUAAGCAUCUUGUCUGUUCUGAAAGGAUGUGACAAUAAACCUACCAGAUGGAAAAUCCUGUUAAAAGUAGAAAAGCUUUAGUAAUUUGCUCAGUGUGGUGGUUUUAUCCUUCUUUUUCUUUUUCUCCCUUGGUCUAUAAUGAAAUUGUUAUAGCAGUGCAAAAUAAAAUGCUACGUAUAAAAGUGUUCUUUUUUUUAUUAUGACAUCAUUUUUUUUUUAAGAAUGUAAUUUUUUAGUCCAUCCACAGCUUUUACAUAUAUUAAAGCAUAUUUUUUAAAAGGGUCAGAAUGUUUAAUAAUACCCUUUUUAAAAAUUUUGCUAGGAUGUGAUAAAAAUCUUUUUAUAGUAUUGAAACUGUUUUUGUUAUUGGUGGUACAAGCAAGUAUUUUAAGUCUGAAACUAACUGCUUUCAAUCCACUCACCGACUUUAGCUUUCUGCUGGUCUUUCCUGAAGACUCAGCAGUGCUCUGUCAAAGCUUUGACGUUACUCUUGUGGGACAUCACCCAGUGCUUAGUUUUUUGUUUUAACUGGUUCCUAGAGUGCAGAGGGAAAGGUGAGGAGAAGUCGAGUUUCUUGAUUAUUUUUAUUAUAAACUUUUUUUUCCUUAAAGUGGUCUUAUCAAAUUCACUAAUCUUACCAUUACUCUCCUUAGUGGUGAGUAGGACAAGUUGGGACUUGUUCUGCUUUGUACCGGGAGGAAGAUGAUUAUGUGGCAACUGUUGAUUUUAAACGGCUGUUAAUUUUUCCAAAAACUUAAUGUGUUUCUUUUCCAUGUUGUCUCCUCUAAUUUUUCUGUAAAUCGAGUAUAAGAAGAGAAAGUAAUGGUAAAAAACAAACAACAAAGCACAUGUAUUUUAAUACCCUAAGGAGAGCUGCAGCCCUCAGACACACCCAUGCACAGCAGCCUGAACCUGCCCCCGGCCUGGGCAGCAGGGCCAGAAGAGGGCUGCUCCAUAGUUAUCACCACUUUCUCUACAAAUCCCACCUGCCGUUAAGGAACAUAUGUGAUGAAUCCUUUACGGCAGUCAAAGCAGUGUCACUGUCUGGUUUCUACUCUGUGCUGUCUUAUUAUCCUUAAUCACAAAUAAUGAAAUAGUGGCAUCUGGAACCGAACCUUUAAUAUUGGAAUUAAGUCUUUAAAUGAUUUUUGAUCAAUUUUGGUAGCACCUAUGGACAUGUUUUAAGAGCUAGAAAAUUAGUCACUAAAAAAAAAUAAAUACAACUUUUAAUGUCUCAAUGUAACAUUCCAAAGUUGUAAUUUUCAUACAGACAAUGUUAUAAUUUGCCUCUGGUGUAACAAAACUGGAUUAAGACCAAAUUUUUGAAAGAGUAGUGUAUAAUUAGGUAUACAAGUCAAACAAUAUAUGAGAGCAAGACUGUAUCUUCAUACACAAUUUGUUUUUAAUUUUUUAUUGAAGUACAGUUGAUUUAUAGUCUUGUGUUAGUUUCAGAUGUACAGCAAAGUGUUUUGGUUAUACAUAUAUAUGUAUACAUCUAUAUUCUUUUUAAAUUCUUUUCCAUUAUAGGCUAUGUGUUUAACUUUAAAAUAGCCUGCUAACAGGAAAACAGUCCCUAUUUAUUUUCUAAUCGAGAGUAGGAAUGUAUAUGAUACCAGAAUGUGUCUGAUUACUCAAAAAAUUAUGUAUGUUUGGCUUUGGAAUACAUUAAACACUUAUCCCCUCAUAGGUAGUGAAGCCCCGUCUAAGCUCAGUACUGAGGUUGGCAGCACAGGGUUUGACUGUGAGCUAAAAAUUAAUACAAAAAGAAAACCAUAAUGCAAAAAGAUAGCCCUGUUUGAGCAUAAGUAAUUGAUAUUACAAAUAAAUGAACAUAUCUACCUGUGUUUCUUAAAGAGUUCAUAUGUGCUUCAGUGUUGAAAUGAGAAUAGAACCUAACCCUGUAAGUAGAGUGUCUCGUGUUGUAUUGGUAUAUACUGGACAACAGUACUUAGUUGGUUGAAGUCAUGAUGGGGAAACUUUAAGGUGCCAGUGUAUAGAUUCAGUAUUCAUUAGCUUUAGAAAAUCAUCAGGCCAGCUCUUAAAAACUGAAGGACAAAGGACCAGAAACCUGAUAGGAAACAUGGAAAAAGACAGUUCACAAAAUAAAAGAUAUAAAAGUGUUCCUAAAAAUAUGUUUUUAAACUCAAACAGAAAUGCAAAUUAAAACUGAGAUACCAUUUGUCACCUGUGAGAGUGGAAGAAGUUUAAUACAAGUAUGACAACACAUUCUGUUGGUGAAAUGUCUCAUACGUUGCUGGUGGAAGUGCAGACUAAUACUCCCUUUCUGGAGAGGAACUUGGCAAUACCUAACAGAACCAGGAGAUACUUACCUGUUGACCCAGCCUUCCCACUUCCAGGAAAAUACUCUGGUGAUACCCUCCAACAAUGCAAAAGCACAGAUGCACAAGGUUGCGCAUUGCAGCAUUGGCUGUAAUUGCAAAAUAAUUGAAAACAGCCUGUACAUAGGAGAGUGAUUGAGUAAACUGGUACAUCACAUGAUAUAGUCCUACACAAGUGUAAAAAGUAUGUGGAAGAGCUCUGCGUACUGAUGUCAUGAUUUCCAGGAUAUAUUGUUAAAUGAGAAAAGCAAAAUGUAAGCGCAAGAAGAAUAAACUGGAAACUGAUGAUACUGGUUCCCUACAGAGAGUGGGUGAGUACGGAGUGGAAAGUAAGGAGGAUAUUUGGGCCGAGUAGCACCUUUCAAUAUACAUUUUCGUUUAACUCUGAUUCAAAACUGUAGUGAGUAAUGUUUCACACACUCUGAAAAUAAUUAAAAUCAACCAUGAUGUGACAGGAACUCAAAGUGAAGUAAAAACUAAUGAUUGAACCUACCUGUAUUAAAGAGUGACAUUCCACAUUGCACAGUUCUGUGGAAUUCUUGCCCAAAAUGUAUAACUUCAGCCUAGUCACUGGGAAAGCUCAGACCAACCCAAACUGAGGAAAGUCCUACAGAGUAAGUGGCCAGUACUCUUCAAAAAUAUCAAAGUUGUGAAAGAUAAAGAAUCAGGAACAGUCACAGAUUGGAAGAGACAGAUGUGACAACUGAAUAAAGUGUGCGUGCUGGAUGGGUCCUGGAGGGGGUUUUGAUGAGGGAGGGGCACACGGGGGGCUUCUCUGGUGUAUGUUCUGUUUCUUGGCUGUAGUGGGGGUUAUAUGGAUACUUGCUUUAUAAUUCUUUAAACUGUGCCUGUGUGUUGUAUUCACUUUCUUGUAAAUAAGAUUUUGUCUCCAUCAAACAAAAAUGCUGCCUUAUGAAUUGCCCUCAAAACUAUGUGAAGUUUGCCCUGUCCCCUUUUUAGGGGUUGACUUGUGCUACACGCCCCCCCCACCCCAAAUACAUAUGCUGAAGUCCUAA